AUGAAAUUCACUAAACAAUUUCGUUCGUUUCCAUUUCGUUCGUUUCCGUCCUACCUUUGUCGGAGAUCCAGGCUGCAGAAAGAGCUCAUGCAGUUAAUGAAGUGUGACGAGAAGAAACAACUCUCGGCCUUCCCAGCCAGUGACAACAUUAUGCAGUGGGUGGCUACUAUCGCCGGGCCCGAAGGAACCCCGUACGAAGGGUUGAGCUACAAACUAUCUAUACAAUUCCCAACAGACUACCCAUACUCCGCACCGCGCGUGACUUUCACAUCGAAAUGUUUCCACCCUAAUGUGAGCGACAACGGGGAAAUUUGCUUGGAUAUACUCAAGGAGAACUGGAGUGCUUUAUACGAUGUGCGGACGAUACUGCUAUCAAUUCAAAGUCUUCUAAAUGAGCCCAACAACAACAGUCCACUGAAUAUCACCGCCGCCAAUAUGUGGCAAGACCAAACAAGGUUCACCGAUGCUGUUAUAUCAUUCUACAAAUCAGAAAAGUGAUGUUGCGAAGCGACGACCUGAUGAACAUAAGUAGCCCACCCUUGCAAAUCAUAACAUAUAUAUCACUCAGCGGUAGCCACACAGUGUAUCUUUACCAAUGUUACUGAAAUGAUAGCUAUGAGACAGCUAUGAGACAAAUAUUUGUAAUAAAGACUUUGUUUUACUUGUAUGAAUGUCCG